AUGGUCAACAAAGAAAGAUGGGAAUGGAACUUAGAACAUUCCAGAAGUUUUAAUGAUUUAAAGAAGUUGAUUAGUUUCCCGCCAGCAUUGACAUAUUUUAAUCCGGAAUUACCAAUUGGGAUUGCGACUGAUGCGUCCAAAUCUGAAUUAGGGGCUGUUUUAUUUCACACAGAGAAAGAUGGCAAAAAAAACCCUAUAGCUUUUGCGUCUAGAGCCUUAGCAAAAUCUGAAAUAAAUUAUACCAAUUUUGAGCGUGAGGCUCUUGCCAUAAUGUUCGCAAUUAAACGAUUUCAAGAAUAUUUGAUUGGGGCUAAAUUUACUAUCACCAAGGACCAUAAACCAUUAGUCCAUAUUUUUACCAAGGGACUCAAGGACAAUACUACCAUGUCCUUAAGGUUACAAAAGUGGAAUAUAACUUUGGGGGGUUACGACUUCAACAUAAAGUAUAAAGCAGGUGAUGAAACUUAUAAAGAUUUAGAAUUAUCUCAAGUUAUAAAUGACAUAAGGAAUAAUGAGCCUAUAAAAAAUAAAACAUAUGAAAAUAUGGAAUUCGAUCUCAGCACAUUUCAUGAAGGUCAUUUGGGAGCAGGUAAAAUCAAAUCCUUAGCCAAAGAUUUUAUGUGGUGGUCUGGUAUGAAUAAUGAUGAUUGUAAUAUUUAUCACGACAAUCCUAAGAAAAUACAAAAUCCAUGGGUCUCGGCGACUAAAUCAUUUGAAAGGAUCCACAUAGAUUAUGCGGGUUCAUUUUUCACAAAAAAUUGGUUAAUAAUUGUCUAUGCAUACAGUAAAUUUCCAAUUAUAAUUCCUGUUAAGAAUAUUACAACUGAAAUUACGUUAAAAGAAAUUUAUAAAACUAUUUCGCUAUUGGGUAUACCUGAUACUAUAGUUACGGACAGUGGUACUAAUUUUACGAGUAAAGAUUUUUGCAAUGAUUACGUCAUAAGACAUAUACUAACAUCCGCGUACCACCAGCAGUCCAAUGGCCAGGUAGAACGUAAGGUGAGGACGUUUAAGACACAUAUGAAAAGAAAUAUUAAGAUUGAUUUAGACACUUCACUCGAUAAAUUCUUAUUCAACUACAGAAAUACACUAAAUGAACAACAGGAGUUGCACCUUCUAAAAGAAUGUUUAAUCGUGAUAUUGAAACUAAAUGGGACUUAUUUAAACCGAUAG